AUGGCUGAGCUGCUUUCUGACGACACAUCAAUUGCAGUAAUUGGGAAAUUCUGGCAACAAUUGGUAGAUUUUGUUUGUGAAAGACCAGACGAAUUAAACGGUACUAAGUUGAUUGACAUCUACAAGACAAAUCCAGAAAAACUGGAUCUCCUGAUAUGCAAUAUUACAGACUCCUGUCCAAGAAAGUGUCAUUGUUUUAACCAACCUAGUCAAGACCGGGUUGUUGUCGACUGUCAGGGACAGAAUCUUAAAACAAUGCCGGAAAAUCUGCCGUGGGGGAACGGGGACAGAUUGGAACUUCUCCUGGCGGGAAAUAAUAUUCAACAAAUGGAAUUCAGACCCUACCUUAGUCGUGUAGCAGAAUUAGACCUUUCUGGAAAUCAACUCUCACACAUCUCUGAAAUUGCAGCAUCAGUUUUUCCCGACGAUGCUAAGCUGAAUGCAACAGGAAAUAAAUUGUCAUCAAUACCACGUCAUUUUCAGAACAGAAAUCCUACUUAUCUUUUGUUAGGACAUAUUCUUAUUACGUGUUCCUGUGAUGAUCUGUGGAUGAAAACUUGGCUUUCGUUUUAUCAUGAAGAAGAAAGUCACACCUCAUACAUAUGUCAGAACUUGGGAGGUAAAGACAUCACGUUGGCUGAUUUCACGUUGUUAGAUUGUUCCCCGGACUCUUCAGAACUGAACAUCAUUCUAGGAAGCCUUACAUGUUUUGUAGUUAUUAUCAUAGUGUUUAUUUUAGGGCGUUUGUUUUUGUUUCCAGAAAUAUACAUUAUAUAUCGCCGUAGACUUCGUCGUUCAGUGAGGUCGCGGGAAUUCGACUAUGAUGCAUAUAUAUCAUUUUACGACGAGGAUGACCAACAGCGGAAGUGGGUUUUGAGGAACCUGGCCAAAUACUUGGAAACGCUCGGAUAUAACUUAUUCAUUCCUGUACGGGAUGCUGACCUCGCCUUCGCUAGAGACGAAUACCUCAGGAGUAGAAUACAGACGUGCAGAAGUUUUAUCGUCAUUCUAUCGGAAAAAUAUUUCAGAGAAGAUAGAGAUGAAGUGGAAAUAACACAACAAGCAUUCACUCAAUUUGAAUUCAACACUAUAUGGAGACUGUACAGAAAUGACAUGCGACGAAAUCUGAUCAUUAUUAACUUCGAUAAUUUGUCAGCCAGAGAUAUUAGCAAUCGUUGGGUAAAAGCAUGUUGUCGUGUUGGUGAAAUAGAAAAUUUUACCGAGCGACAAGGUCUACUUAUGGAAAUCAUUGAACGGAAAAUGUCACCACCUUGCGGAAAAGAUAACGAAGCCGAUAUCGUUGGACUUCCUUACCGAUGUCCGUAUGAUUUUAAUGCCAGACAUGUAUUCGACGGAGAAAAGUAGAUGUCUAACGUUAGUUCAUCUAUAGGUUCUAUGUCGUACCCGUUUUUACGUCAUUAAACGUUCUUAUGUUGCAGUAAAGUAUAAUGACAACGUUUUCGCGUGCUCUACAAAUAUAAUAUUAUCAACCGUUGGGUAUAGAAGAUUUAACUGAUCGGCAAAGCCUACUCAUUGAACGGGAAAUGUCGCCUCCGUACUUCAUCCAUACAAAGAAAGAAAUAUAGGAUCGAUCGGCAAAGUGUAUCACGGUAUGGGGAUACGACGGUAACAAUCCUACCGGAUGUCAGAACAACUGUUAAAGGGGAAAUAUCAUCUAUGAAAGAUGUUGGUUCUCAGAAACAUUUACCUACUGAUAUCGUUCUGUGUGCAGUUUGACAUUCUCCCUACGGUACCCUCUUGCGUGCAUACUCUAAUUAAUCCUAUUUAUUGCUAUCCGAACCCAACCAUAAAAACAAAUAUCUCAUUACAUGUACAUAUUAUGAUAUUGAUAACUCUUGUUUGGGAUGUAAAUUCGAAGCGACCAACAUGUGUUAUGUAGAAAAAUCAGACACACUUACAAUGUGUUGUCGGUCGACAGCGUGGUACUGUGCAUGUUUACUUCUCACUGGAAGGGGAUAUUUAUCAACGGCUUUCUGAAAAGAAAAACUUACCACACUGGACGUUGGUUUGAAGUUAUGUCAUUAUCAUCUACGUAAAGUAUCGCUAGGAGGUAUUUGUUCCGUAUCUAAUCGAUUGUAAAUGUGUUAUUUGACUAAAUAGCCCCUUUAGUAACGUAAUAAAUAGAAGAUUUAAUUAUUUUCCCGCUGAAUACCGUAAAUAUUUCAUUCGUACGGCAGAAUAUCGAUAUUCAGUCAUACUUGUGAAAUAUAUAUGGGAAACCAUUUAAAUCACUAUAUAAUUCCUUGGUAGCCUGCACUUUUAAAAGUUUUAUGUAAAUAUUUCGUCAUUUGCGGUGGUAUGUAUACAACUUUCAGUUUUUCUAUCAUGAUUUAUUGAUGUGAAAUAGCAGACGUCGUCACAAAAUUAAGAAAAAAAUGUAUUUUACUCGAUGCCAUAUUUGCAUUUCACUGUCAAUACAUAAGGUCUUUAAAUUA